ACACUAAUAAACACCCACACAACUACACAUCACCCCCACCCCAAUCCAAAACACCUCCAACUUAGGUUAACCCUCAUCACCCCCACCCCACCAAUCCCCCCAAAUGGGUGCCAACAGCGAUCACAACCACGACAACUCCGACGAGCAACAACGCCGCUCCGAGAUCUACACCUACGAAGCCCCAUGGCACAUCUACGCCAUGAACUGGAGCGUCCGCCGCGACAAAAAGUACCGUCUCGCCAUCGCUAGCCUCCUCGAACAAUACCCUAACCGGGUCGAAAUCGUCCAACUCGACGACUCCACCGGUGAGAUCCGACCCGACCCCUCCCUCUCCUUCGAACACCCAUACCCACCCACCAAAGUCAUCUUUAUACCCGACAAAGAAUGCCAGAAACCCGAUCUCCUUGCCACCUCAUCCGAUUUCCUCCGCAUUUGGCGAAUUAUUGAUGAUGACGAAACCCCUGCUGACGUGGAUAUUAUUCAUAAUUCAGGUUCUGUUAAUAAUAACAGUUCUGGCUCUCGUAGGGUGGAGAUGAAGAGUGUGCUGAAUAAUAAUCGAAACAGUGAGUUUUGCGGGCCGGUUACGUCGUUCGACUGGAACGAAGCGGAACCGAGGCGAAUCGGGACGUCAAGUAUCGACACGACAUGUACGAUUUGGGAUAUCGAAAGGGAAAUGGUGGAUACACAGCUCAUUGCUCAUGAUAAGGAGGUUUACGAUAUCGCGUGGGGCGGUGUGGGUGUGUUCGCAUCGGUUUCGGCUGAUGGGUCGGUGAGAGUGUUCGAUUUACGGGAUAAGGAGCAUUCGACGAUUAUUUACGAGAGUUCUGAGCCGGAUACGCCGUUGGUUCGGCUUGGGUGGAAUAAGCAGGAUCCGAGGUAUAUGGCGACGAUUAUAAUGGAUAGUGCGAAGGUGGUUGUGUUGGAUAUUCGGUUUCCAACGUUGCCGGUUGUGGAGCUGCAGAGGCAUCAGGCGAGUGUGAAUGCGAUUGCGUGGGCGCCGCAUAGUUCGUGUCAUAUUUGUACCGCGGGGGAUGAUUCGCAGGCGCUUAUUUGGGAUUUGAGUUCCAUGGGGCAGCCGGUUGAAGGGGGGUUGGAUCCGAUUUUGGCGUAUACUGCAGGUGCUGAGAUUGAACAGUUGCAGUGGUCGUCUUCGCAACCGGAUUGGGUUGCUAUUGCUUUUGCGUCGAAGCUGCAGAUUCUGAGGGUAUGAUUGUGUUAAAAUGUUGGUCUUUUUUGUAAUUGUGUUUGGUUGGUUGCAUUGAUUUUAGGUUGACUUGUAGCCUAUAUAGAUUUGGGAAUACACUGACAUUUGCAUUUGCAUCUGCUUCUUACCCAUUUAAAUGCUUUUAGUUUUUUGGUUGUGA